UUGUCGAGCGGUGAAUUAGAUUCAGUGAAGUAAGUUGGUGAGUACGCGACAGUCGAUCCGGUAUUGUGUGGAAUCGAGUCGAAUCACUGGAUCCCCGUUUUUGUUAUGUAAUUCUCCUCUCGUCUGCUCCCAAACAUAGAAAAGAUCGCUAAGCCGAUCCGAUACAUCCUUCGCUGGUUGCUGCAUCAUCCUGGAUAAAACAUAAAUCUGCAAGAUGGGUGCGAUGUUCAGAAGCGAAGCGAUGGCUCUCUGCCAGCUGUUCAUUCAGCCAGAGGCAGCCUACCUUUCCGUCUCCGAACUUGGAGAAACCGGUACGGUGCAAUUUCGUGAUCUCAACGGCGAUGUCAAUUAUUUUCAACGAAAGUUCGUCAAUGAAGUCCGCCGGUGCGACGAAAUGGAGCGGAAGCUUCGGUACAUCGAAUCAGAAGUUAGGAAAGAUGGUGUACCUAUUGUGGACAAUCUGACUGAAUUACCACGAGCACCGAACCCACGGGCCAUCAUAGAUCUCGAGGCGAAUCUCGAGAAGACGGGGAACAACAUAUUAGAGCUGAGCCAAAAUGCGGUGAACCUGAAGAGUAACUAUCUCGAGUUGACGGAAUUACGGCACGUGCUCGAGAAGACCCAAGUGUUUUUCACGGAGGAAGAGGCCAAUGACUCGAUCACCAGGACGCUAACUAACGAGGAAGCACAGAAUCAGAGCAUUACCAGCCAUGGACGUCUUGAAUUCGUCGCUGGUGUAAUAAACCGAGAACGAGUGCCAGCUUUCGAGAGAAUGUUGUGGCGAAUAUCCCGUGGAAAUGUAUUCCUGCGUCAAGCUGAACUCGACAAGCCACUGGAAGACCCAGCUACCGGGAAUAAGAUGUAUAAAACAGCCUUCGUUGCCUUUUUCCAAGGAGAACAGUUGAAAAGUCGCAUCAAAAAGGUCUGCAGUGGUUUUCAUGCUUCCCUGUACCCAUGCCCACAUAGUCAUGCAGAACGCCUUGACAUAGUUAAAGGCGUUCGCACCAGAUUAGAAGAUUUGAACAUGGUUCUAAACGAAACACAAGAUCAUCGUCAACGUGUUUUGCAUAGUGUAGCGAAAGAGUUGCCGAACUGGACCAUUAUGGUGAAAAAGAUGAAGGCCAUAUACCACACGAUGAAUCUUUUUAAUAUGGACGUCUCAAAAAAGUGUCUCAUAGGCGAAUGUUGGGUACCAGUAUCUGAUCUUAGUAUUGUUCGCAACUGCCUCACAGAAGGAUCGCGUCUCUGUGGUAGUUCGAUACCGUCUUUCCUCAAUGUUAUCUACACUGACGAGAACCCACCGACGUUUAACAGGACGAACGUGUUCACCAAAGGUUUUCAAACCCUAAUUGACGCAUAUGGAGUAGCGACAUAUCGCGAAGCCAAUCCAGCACUUUAUACGAUUAUCACUUUUCCAUUCUUGUUUAGCAUCAUGUUUGGAGACGCUGGCCAUGGUUUAAUCAUGACCUUGUUUGCCUUAUUUUUGAUCACGAAGGAGAAGAAAUUUAUGGCGCAGAAGUCUUCGUCUGAAAUUUGGAACAUAUUCUUUGCCGGUCGAUAUAUUAUACUUUUGAUGGGUAUAUUUUCUAUUUAUACCGGCAUCAUCUACAAUGAUGUGUUCUCAAAGUCAAUUAACCUGUUCGGAUCUAGUUGGCACAUAACGUACGAUCUGGAUACCAUACAAAACAAUGGUUUCCUUGAGUUGGACCCAGCUACCGAAGCUUAUGCACAAACGCCAUAUCCCUUGGGUAUGGAUCCAGUUUGGGUAUUAUCUCAGAACAAGAUUAUAUUCUUAAACUCGUACAAAAUGAAACUGUCGAUCAUCUUCGGCGUCGUGCACAUGAUCUUCGGCGUGUGCAUGAGUGUCGUCAACAUUAUGUAUUUCAAGAGAUAUUCAAGCUUUUUCCUUGAAUUUUUGCCACAAUUGAUCUUCCUUAUCAUGCUGUUUUUCUACCUGGUAGUUUUAAUGUUUGUGAAAUGGGUUUUGUACGACGCCACUUCGAAAGACUUAACAUAUACUCCAACUUGUGCUCCAUCAGUUUUGAUCACAUUUAUUAACAUGAUAUUACAAAGUGAGGCCGUUAUGCCACCGGGAUGUUCACAGUAUAUGUUUCCUGGUCAAAAAAUUGUUCAAUACGUUUGCGUUGGUGUCGCUAUAUUAUGUGUGCCCUUGAUGCUCUUCGGAAAACCUGUUUAUUAUUUAAUAAAAAAGAGGAACAAAGCAGCAGGGAAAGUUCAAAGUAAUGGAGCAUCUCAAGACAUCGAAUUGCAGUCGUCCACUCCGCAAACGGUAGCUUCGACUAGUGAACCAGCCACAGGCGGCCAUGAGCACGAAGAAGAUUCGUUCGGUGAACUUAUGAUCCAUCAAUCCAUCCACACCAUAGAAUACGUUCUCUCGACGAUAUCGCACACUGCCUCUUAUUUGCGUUUGUGGGCCUUGUCGCUGGCCCAUGGACAAUUGUCGGACGUAUUGUGGAAUAUGGUAUUAAGCAGAGGUCUUGGCGCUGAGGAAAACCAGUAUAUAUUCAGCAUAAUUUUAUUUUUCACUUUCGCCGCUUGGGCAUUCUUUACUCUUACCAUUUUGGUCAUGAUGGAAGGGCUGUCUGCUUUCCUGCACACCCUUCGACUUCAUUGGGUGGAAUUUAUGAGCAAGUUUUAUGAUGGACAGGGUUAUCCUUUCCAGCCAUUUUCUUUCAAGAGUAUUUUAGAGGCCGAAGAAGCCGAAGAAUAACCAACUUCUCAUCAACAGCGAUAAUUUUAAUUAGACACGUCAGUUGUAUCGUGUGUGGAUACUUUUUUCGUUUUAUAAUCAAUUGAACCAUAUAAAAGACGACAAAACACACAAGAAUUUUCUCUGCAAAGUAUUUUCUACGAAAUUUAAUAAUUAACCGAUGUAAAUUUGUAUAAAAUAUUGUUCCUUCGUAAAAUCAUGAGACAACAUUAAUAACUGUACGUCUUAUAUUCGUCGCCAAUGUUUUGUAAAACAUGUAAAUUAUAUAAUCAAAUUGAAAAACUAUUUUUUUCAGUAAGAAUAUUUGAAAAUAAUUAUUAAAAUAAAAAUUUGUUUUACUUGAGGGAAACCGAUUAAAAAAAAGAAAUGAUAAACGUUUAUUUCUGCACCUUUCAGCUGCAGAAAUGAAGUUUACGUAUGAUUUGUUUGCUUAUACAUAUUUACUUUAUUUUCUUUCUUUACUUAUCAGAUUUGUAUUAUUCGUCGUGUAUCAACCUUAUGCUUUAUUUUUUGGCAAUAUUAUCAUUGUUAAUUUAACAUUUCUUCUAUCACUGUUUUCACUUUCUUCCGAUGAGUGCGUUGAUGUUGUCAAUUGCUUUUCUUUGUUUCACUUUUAAUAUUUUUUCGUUUCUUCACUUUUGUGUUUGAACCUUUCUAUUCUUGUCUGAGAUUUAUGAAUAUAUUAGUCUUAUUCUUUUCUUUCACAUUUUUCUUGUAAUUUUGCAUUUCUGUCAGUUUCUCCCUUUUCCCUUGUUAAUUCUUUUUUUUCUUUACUUUCUUUUUCUUCUUUAUGUUCUAUUUGACCCUUUAUACAUGUUUAGUUUCUUUCAAAUAUGUUUCUGAAAGCUUCAGUUACCUUUCCAACUUCUCAUAUCUUACAAACUUAAAAAUCUCUUUUUGUUUUUCAAUCAUUCUGAUUGAGUCUUUUUUUACAAAAAUAAUAGUUUACUUUAUUAGUCAUCUAUUUCAUACGAUUUUAUUGACAAUUUUCUUUAAAAACAAAACUGAAUUUUAAAUAUUGUUCUGAUAAAGACUUUCUAAUUCUAAAGAAACAAUAUUGUAAUAAAUUAAUUGUACGCACAAGCUUUUUCUGUUAAAAUAAAUGUGUAUUACAAUUGUAGUACUGUAUAAAUUGUAUACAUAAAUACAUUCUUACUGAUAGCGAAGCACAUA